UUCACAUUGGAGGUGUGUUUUGAAAACUGAGUCAUAAUGACAGAAGCAUGUGUUGAUUAGAAGAAUAAAACAGAUUUGUUGUGGAAUAAUAUGACAUGUUCAAGAUGCCCUCAUGGAGAUUUGUGACACAGAAGUUUAACAGAUGUGGAGAUUCGUAACUAAUUGGAUUAUUCAGUGAUAUUUGAGGACAUAUAACAAGCAUAGGAUAUACCAGCUGUAUACUGACUAAUUGAUUGUGUGAAUGAUGACAGAUGAAGAUCAGAUUGAUAUCAGAAGAUAUGUCUAGAUGGUGCAGCAAGCUGGAAGCGUAAUGUCCGCUACCUGUUCUGAUUUUACCCAGAAUGCAUGGCGGAAAGAUCUGUGUUCAAACUGUCAGCGAUCAAGGGCAGAACAUUCACGGGCAGCAGUGAAAGAAAAUUCUCCAGUUCCUAAAAAACGCACUUCUGUGAUAAUUAAAACAUUUGGUAGCAGUGAGCCAGAAAAUCUAAAAAAUUUGAAAAGCAGUUUGAAGAGUUCUUUAAAGGGGAAUAAUUCACAUGUCAAAAAUACAAAUGUUCAGUUUGUGAGUGAUUUUCCAGAUGUGAUUGGACAUGACGGUGGGAUAGUAAACUUAUACUCAGAUGAAGAAAAUGAAAAUGUUUCCGAUUCAGACUCGGUUGUAGAAGAAUUAUCAUUUACGGAGGAGGAACGAUCAUUCGUGUUACAAGCUUUAGAAAAUACAAUUUGGAAUUCUGAAGUUGAUAAUUUAAACAGUGAAAAAAAUAAACCAGCCAAAACACGACAAAAUUCAAGUAGAGAAUUUGAAGAUAUAAAAAUUUUGUCUUUAUGGAAAGCUGAUAGAUUUAAGGAUUUAAAGGACUGUGAUGCUAUUAUUCCAAAGCGUUACGGAACAUUUCCUUUAAGGUCAAAAUCCAAGAAAAAUUACAUCGACAGUGUAUUUGAUGACGACUAUUUAUCAUCAAACAUGACCCGGACUAAGAUCAAUUCUGUGUCUUCCGUAGGGUCAGAUAAUGAAAAAAACGAUAGUGACAAUGAACCAUCUUCUCCUUAUAAACUUUUAGAUAUCAAUGAGAUCUUAUAUUCUAAAUUCGAGGAUGUUCAAUUAACCUCAAAGGGAGGCAAUUAUGAAACAGACAAUUCUCCAUUGGAAAAUGAUGAUGAAUUUGAUCCCGAAGAGGACUUCUUUGAUGGGUUCCUGGAUGAUUUGGAUUUAGAUUCAUCUUCUGCUGGAAUGCAACUUGUUGACAUGCUGAAUGGUGUACUUGCUAAGUAUAGUGAUAGUGAUUCUUUUCGUGGAAUAGAAGAUCAUGAGAUUUUUCCAGACCUUCCCAUUAAAUUGUCUAGAGAUAAAAAUAGUUCUGGACCUCCAACAUUACGAGCUGAAGAUAUUAAAGCACUGAAGGGAAGCAUCAAGUCUACGAAAGAAUUUAAUGCUACUCUUGCUAAUAUAAUAAAAAAGCAGAAGAAAAAACCAGCACCGAAACCUCCAACUUCACCUCCUCCACCACCUGUUCAUGCCAACCAAUCAAAAACUUCACCAGUUCAAACUGACCAAUCAAAAACCUCACAAGUUCAAACUGACCAAUCAAAAACAUUACCAUUGCAAAAUAAUAAGACAAAAAUUGACAGACAGAACUCAGAUAGCUCUUUGAAAAAAAGUUCCUCGUCGGACCAAAACUUCAAAGAACCAAAGUUUGGUAUGGUGACUGUAGGUAAAUCAAUCAUUGAUCAUGGACAGGAGAAACCCUUAUCCCCAAAACGUUCAGCAAAUGUAUUUGAGGAGCCGGAACAACCAGCAAAAGUUAAACCAGAAAGUAAACAGAAAAGAGGUAUUUCUGGAUUUUUUAGAAACAUUCUAAAAAGAGGUAAGGAUUCGUUGGAUCAGUCAGAUCAGAAUCCAGUCAAUAGUGAUUCAAAUUUAUCAAAAUCCUCCGAAGUUUCUAAUGCAUCAUCUUCAUCUGGUGAAAGUUAUCCUUCAACAGGAAGUGAUGAAGCCAAAACAGGAAGUAGUAACGAUCAGACAAAAAAUAGUCCUGAAGAGAAACAGUCUGAAAGUGUUCCAAAACCUGAUAAAGUUAAAUCUCCUCCACAGAAGCCAGUGCCAACUAAUCCUCGUGGACCAAGAACUAGCAUUAUAAUGUAUAUGUCUGAGUCUUUCAGUGAAAGAAAAGAGGAACAAGAAGGUAACGAUAUAAUAAAUGGAAAAGAUUCACCAAAAACUGAUAAAAAAGAUUUAAAAACUGUAUCUGAACAACCAACUGAUAUAAUUAAAGAGAAAAAGCCUAUCAUGAAACCACAAACUGCUCCUCCCCCAAGACCUCAAACAAGACCGAAACCACCACCAAACCCUAACAAACCCACUGUUAGUCCUCAGUUGUCCUAUGAUGGAAAAGGUUCCCCAAGACAAAGUAGAAAGACAAGUGAAAGUAGCUUAAGUAAUUUAGAAGAGAGUCCAAAGCACACCGAUGACAAUGUAGUAGUCAGACGGAGAGCAAAAAGUCCCAAAAGAAGUACAGCGCCAUCUAGACCUGCCGUUAUACCUGUCCCAGGACCAGAUACUAAACAUUCAUUAUUUACAAAAGAAUUGGAGAUGAGGCUGAGUAAAAAUACAGAACAGACAAAAGUUAGUGUGUCACCUAAGAGUAGCCAUGAUGGCACACUGCCAAAAAAUAUACAAGAACAGAAAAAAGUGACAAAAAACAAUACUGACAUUAUUUCUCCGAAGCCUCUCUCUAGAAGUUCCUCUGAAAAUGCUUCACCAAAGAAUACAAUAGAUCGUAAAUCUUCUCUUGGUCCUCCACCACCAUCACCAAUGGUAACAUCGACAACAUCAAUUAAAGAUGAUAAUUCAUUAGUUAAAGAUCGUAAAUCUACAUUGGGUGCUCCGCCUCCAUCACCAAUGACGACAUCAACAACGUCUAUCAAGGAGGAACCUUCCUCAAAAGGUCAUAAGUCAACAUUAUGUCAACCUCAGACAUCACCUAUGACAUCAUCAACGUGUUCAAUAAAAGAUGACACAAAGGAAGUUAAUCCUGAAGGAAAGGGAGAUCACUCUGAUACUAGUCAACAAGAAGUUAAACAAGUAGAGAAAAUAGAGUUGCCAAACAAAGCUCAAAGUCGACGAAGCUUCCUUGGAAAAUUAAACAGAAAAUCAAAAGCUCCUUCCAGACCUCAGUCUAGUGUGAAAAGAACUAAAUCUAUCAGUGAUACACAAGGCAGUGAUUUACAGCCAAGGAAAAUAGACCUCUCUGAUAUAUCAGGACCUGUGAUGGUUACAGAUCCAUGUGGUAACACUUUUUCUGUCAGUCGGAGGAAUACCAUCACCAUUGGAGAGGAUCCUUCUAUGGUCUCAGGUGGUUCAACAUCAUCAGGUUCAACAAAUGACAAAUAUGAUGAAUGGCCAGACUUCUCUCCCCUUGGAUCCCUGGAUAACCUUUAUGAACCUAUUGUGCCAAAAGAAGCACCACCACCUCCCCCAGGAAAGGGAGAUAAUUCAGACAUUAAGACUAAUACAUAUGAUCCAUUGUCUGAAAAAAUUGUUGAUUUAUCUGUCAGUUCUGAAGGAUAUUUAGAACCAGUUCGGACUAAUCCUUCCCAUGAUUCCUCAAAAACAGGAAGUAAAGAUGUGACUAAAAAUAACUUCAAAGAUAAGUCUUCCAAGAUUGAAAACAGAAAUGUUAUUUUAGCCUCUCAGCCAAUUUACGAGGAAAUCAACGGUAACGAUAAUGAAAGAGAUGAACUUGAUGAUGAUUUAGACGCAGAAUCGAUGAAAACUGAUGUCACUGAAUUACAAAAUUACAUUUCACGAAAUAUAACAGUGUCGCCAUCCUCUUCUUUUACGGAGUCUGACACGUCAUCAGCAUCUGGAUCAUUAAACCGUCCACGACCUUUACCACGUAAACGACCAAAACCCAUCGAUAGUUCUGUAUUUGAACAACCGUACAUAGCUAUGAAUAGACCUUCCAUUGGAAUGUCCCUUAAUGAGUCACAAUUACGUGAGACCGUAAAUCUAUUAACGUCAGCUAAUCUACAGACACUAAGGGAAAUAUACACACAUUAUGAAAAGGAAUUCAAGAAGGAUAAUGUGAAUUUAAAUGUAACUGGAUCUGCAGGACCACUGAAAUGGAGAGAUUUUGAUAUCUAUGGAAAGCCAGUUCAUAGGUCAGAGAGAUGUAUCGUGUAUAAUGCUAAGUUAAGGUCAAAUCAGUGUAGCUGUCAGUUAAUGCUGCUUCACUCCCGACCAGAUAUCAGCAUUGUGGAACACCCGAGCUUGUUACAUCCAAGUGUGAUAUUUUCUGACAUAGUUCCUCAUUCCUACUUAACAGAUGAUUUUAUCAAAACCAAUCAACUUUUACAGUAUGCCAACAAACAACCAGAUUUAGCUAAAUGUUUUAUUGCUGCUGGACAGUUUGAUAUCACAGACAAUAUGAAUAAUCACUUAGCUUCACUGGAGAAGAUUUACGAUUCUGCCACGCCAUCCGAGGAACAUUUAGAGAUUUUAUUGUUUCAUGUGCUACAGAUCCUUAGUGCUAUUUCACACUGCUUAGAACACGGCUUCUCAUUAGGAGAGGCAAACUUCCGUGAUGUCUUCGUUCUUGCUCCUGGCAGUCGUUGCCAUGGGAACACAAUAGCAUUCUUGCCACAUCAGAAACAACAUGACAGUUCACAAGUGGAGUCCAUAUGUGCGUACAUGGAAAAGUAUUUAGCUGAAAAUUUAAAUUACCGUGCUUAUUCAAAGGGAGGUAAAUUUCACAUGGGCAUUUUUAAAAUUGGUAAAAUGUUGCAAUGCAGAAGAAUUGAGUCCCUUGCUCAGGUUCGGUGCUAUAUAGAAUUUUUGUUGUGGGGACCAAAGGACACUUAUUUUAAAGGUGAGAUGCAGAGAGAAAGCAAUAUAGAGCCCAAACUAUCAAUAUGGCUAGAAACAGAAAGGGCAAACCUUGUACAGGGUAUUGCAAAAGAGAGAAUAAUGGGAUUGAAAGAGUUGUAUUCACUGAAACAUUUUUAUCAGAUGAAAUUUUUACUGAAGGCUACUGCAUAUAUGUUGUCUGAAUGUGUUCGAAAUCAUUUAUCAGAAUAAUUAUUUUAUAAUGCAUUUAAAAGGCCACGCAUUGAAUAUCUAACUUGAAUUAACUGGAACCUGUUUAAAUGAAAUCAUCAGCUAGUAUUUUAUAUGUUUCUGUGUAACCCUCAGAAUUUGUCUGAACUUUUAGUUAUGUGUGACAAUAAACAGUUUUAUUAACAUUGAAAAUAAUUCAGUUCAAUUUGGUGCUCAUUUUAACGAUGUCUUUUAAAUGCAUACAAGUGUAAUUACACUUAAAGACUCAAUUUUUAUAGAAGCAUGGUGUAUACAGGCAAAUUUUGUUUGCUUUUUUAUUUUAAUUUCAAGUUAAUGUAGCUUAUGCUUAUAAGUUAAAUUCACAUUAAGAUUUUAACCAUUUUGACUUUUUUGUCUUAAUUUUAAAAUUAUAUUUGGUACAAUCAUGACAAUAGACAGAUCAAUGGUUAUUUAGGCAUUAAGUGGAACACACACACAGUUUAAAUUAAAUUUGGAAGACACUUUAAGAAAAAAGUCAUUUCAGAAUCAAAAUAUAAUAUUUAUUUACCAUGUUUACUGUUUUCAGCAUUAGCCAGCAUUAGUCUAAGAUAAACCUCUACCAUUAAAGAUUUUCUCAUCAAUAUCUCCUAGUCAAAUACACUAUAGCUGAAGUGGAUGUUGCUUUUUCUACCUGUCCAACGUGGGAAGCCAUCUCAGGUCCACUCAAAUUUAACAUGAGAUUCAACAUGUUCAAUAAAAAUAUUGAAUACAAUAGCCUUUUUUUAUUUUUCCAAGCUAUUUUAUCAUGUUUAUGUUCAAUUCUUUAAAUAUAAUUAAAAAGAUUAUUUAUUUUAUUUUUACCCGUUGCAGUAUCAGGUCCUUAAUCAGAUAAUCAUCCUGUCUCAACCCUUCAUAACCCCAAGUAUUAAAAUAUAGAAAUGGCAUGUCUAGUCUAAAGGGUGGACAUAGUGGACAUCUAUAAGUUUUGGCUCACUCCCAUCAUGGAUGGAUUGAAUUGCCUAAAUCCAUAUGUGCUGUAGUGUAUGUUGGUAAAAACCUCAAUUUUAACCUAUUUGUUUAUUUAUAUUUUAGAGAAUAAUUUUUGUUACUUUCAAAUUAGCUGAUAUUGUUUUUGGUUAUAACUGACAUGUAUUCAUUCAUAACAACAUCAGAAUUAUAUUUUAUUACACAGCACUUGUACUUUUUAUAUUUCUAUUAUUUGUUCUACUGAAUUUUAUUUUUAUAUAACUUUUUUUAUUUUCUGUAAUUUUUAAUUAUAUGGACAUUUACAUGUAAAAUCUUUUUAAAUGGAUUCAUUCACAAUAUUUAGAAACUACAUACACAUCAUUAGUAAGACAGAAACAUGAUUAAAAGGACUGUAUAUUGAGUAAAGAAGUAGAUACUAUCAUAGUCCCGUAUACUGCAUAAGAAAAUGUAAAACCGUUCCAUACCUGUCCUCUGACCCGUACUUUGCGGGUGUGACCAGUGAAUUUACCAGCUUACUCAAGAUUUUUCAAUAAUAUCUGUCCCAUCAUCAAGUAACCAGGGAUUUCAUCAAAUGACCCGUUUUCACCCAUAUUCAAGAGCAAAGAGACUUCCAAUGUCUAAAACGCUAAAUUUUUCCACGGACUAUGUCUGAAAAACGGCAACUUCAAAAUUCUUCCUGGACAUGAAGUUCAAUAGUUUGAUCUCAACUGAAUAAUUUACGACAUACAGUCUUCAACAAUAACAAGGUCUCCAUACACAUGAUACAUGUCAAGAUCCAAAUUGCCCUCAGUCAAUAAAAGUAUGGGGUAUUUUUAUUCUUUCGGUUCUUUACGGAUUUUUCCUGUCCAACCCCAAAUAUCAAAUGGUUUAUGUUGUAUUGUUCUAUAUAUAGAUAGUACCGGUGUUUGUUGUUAUUUCUUUGGCUUAGUAUUAUUUUGUGUCUAUGACGUUAUGUGCUGCCACCAUUGUUAUGAUAUGUAGCACUUUGUAUUGGUUUCAUAGGAAAUUUGUCCAGGGCCUUGGUUGUAGACAUGUCUAAGUAGUUCAUCUUCAGUAAGGUUGUGAGUUUGAACCCUCUUGUUGCAAGGUGGCUUUGACUCUGAUUUUGAUUAACAACGAUUGCCAGUUUUCCUGCCAAUGGUCAGUGUUUCACUCUGGGCACCCCAGCUACCUCCACCAAUAGAAACUGGCCCCUUAACAAUAGCCAAGUGUGCUGAAAGUGGCUUUAAACACUAACAAUAAAUCAAUUAUAGUAUUUCCAGUAAGUACUUCUAUGUUGUAAUUUUCUAUAAAUUUUCUGAAAGGACUUUGUUAAUAUUUUUUCAGGUUAAUGUUGCUUUUUGAAUGAUAAGUGGUCAAAGGGAGAUAACUCACUUUAAAACAGCUGAAAUCCAGGUUUUUAUCCAUAUCCAUAUCCAUACCCAUACCCCCCCAAAGAAAUUAAAAACCAGAAACUUAUCUUAUUAUACAUGUUUAACAAUUAUCAAUACUAAACUUGGCGGAAUGUUUUUAUGUUCACACUUUUUAUGACAAAUCACAUAAUUAUGUGCAAUAUAUAUUGUUUAUUUUAUUUAUUAUCAAUGUUUUAUAUUGAAUGAUAAAUUUUAAGCUGUGCGCAUGUUUGGUAAGACUUUAUUUUAUGAAUUAUAAAAUGUUUUGUUUAGCAAGAGUCAUCUUAUAUUUUGUUGAAGAAGGUUCUAGAUAAUAUAAACUGAGGCAGUUAUUUCAGGACAGAAUUUUUCCACCAAAGUUAUUAAUCAAAUCAAGUUUAAGUUUUUAAAACAGAUAACUUUUUUUAAAGAGCAAGAAUAUUAAGAUGUAUGGAAUAAAUGACCUAAGGAAAUAAGUCUUUUGUCGUGGGGAAAUCACUGGCAAUAAAUAAGGAGAAGAUAUCAGCUAUUUUCCAUUCAUGAUUAAAAUAUAAGGGUUAAAAACAGAAAUUUACAAGAUUGGAGCGAGACAGCCAAACAUGUGAAUGAAGGUCAUUUGCGUUACAUUUUGUAAUGAAGGUCAAUUGUAUGUACAUUAUGUAGGAGAAUUAUGACAGAAGUUUUAUUCUGACUGUAAUUGCUUAAUGAUGUAGUCCAAUUAAUGUGUGCUAUAAUUUAUUUAUAUGUUAAACUAUGCAUUGAAAUAAACCAAUCGUAUUAGA